UGCCGGUGUUGGUCAUUGGGUUCGCCAGAAGUGUUGCUACGUUGUGAGCUAAUAUUAGGGCAACGAAUAUGCCGACCUUGGAAUUUUCAAACCGCCACAAAUUUCAAAAAUUAAAAACUCAAAACUAUGGAAUGGUCCACAACUGCAAGAAGUGCACCUACGUCACUAAAUCAUUAUUUUCCAUAAUAAACCACAUCAAGCGCCAUCGUAUUCCAAAGUCCUUGAAAUCAUUCGAUUGCACGAAGAGCACCCCAGAAACAUUUCUUUGCAAAGACUGUAAUUUCAGCACAUUCGAAACCAUAGAGUUUAACACUCACGUUAAAACUCACAAAACCGAAAUCAAGAUUGAAAAACCUGAACAAGAAAGAGAGAAAGAAAAUCGUGAAGUGGAAAACAACAAGCAAGAAAAGGUCCACCAACAGAAGAAAACCAAAAAAUACCACAAAUGCGAUGAAUGUGAGUUUAAAUCCAUUCGCAAAUAUGGUGUAACGAGACACAAACUGGCCAAACACGUCCAUACUGACAUAAACUGGCACCAGUGUAAAAAGUGUCCAUAUCGCUCCAAAUUCCAAGAACACCUUAAAGGCCACAUUUCCCGGAAACACGCAUCUCCGGAUGCCAAAAGUUACCGCUGCCACCAGUGUUCGCAACAAUUCAAACAAAAGUACUACUUGCAAAAACACAUAUCCAUUCAGCACCCAGCCUCAGACAGCCUCAAACUGUUUCACUGUGAAGACUGUUCCUUCAGUACUACCGUACACGCGUGGUUAAAAACCCACAUCAAACGACAACAUUCAGCCAGCGAUGAGUGGUUCAACUGCACCCAGUGUGCUUUCCGCACCCAAAAAAAGCACCAGCUUAGUAGUCACAUGGUGAAGCAUAAAGGUGUUCUAUAUUCGUGCGAAGAGUGUUCUUUUCAGACGAAAUACAGGAAGACUUUGCGGACUCACGUGGUGUAUAAGCACACAGAAGGAAAAGAUGUGAAGUGGUUUAUAUGCCAUUUGUGCUCGUAUAAGAGCAAGACGAAGGGUAAUUUGAAGUGUCACAUUAUUUUGGUGCAUAAGCCGGAGAAUGCGGAGUGGUUUAAGUGCGAUAAAUGCCCGUUUGAAGCCAAGUUGAAGAGCCGGAUGAAGGCACAUGCUUUGGUACAUGUGGAUAAAAAGGUGGUGAAAUGCGACGAGUGUAAGUUCAGGACGAAGUGUGAGUCGUACUUGCGGAAGCAUCAGUUGAGGAAACAUCUGACGAAGGAUUAGUGUGUGUUUUAGUAGUGUCAUAAGUUGAAAGUUUGUUAUUGUAGAAAUA